AUGGAUGAUUAUCGCGACCUUGGACGUAUGAGCGCAGUCGAGAAAGUCGACCUCAACACCCCACAUUACUAUGUACCCCACCAUUACGUCUUGAAGCCAACCAGCACCACAACUAAGCUCAGAGUUGUCUUUGACGCCUCGUGCAAAACCACUUCGCAAAAAUCGCUUAAUGGCAUAUUAGCCGUCGGGCCUACUCUACAGAACGAGCUGUACAUCUUGCUUUUACGCUUUCGCUUGUUUCGUUACGCACUUACAGCUGAUAUAGUGAAGAUGUACCGUCAAAUUCUAGUGGAUGCAGACGAUCGCAAAUUCCAACGCAUAUUGUGGAGAAGUACGCCCGAUGACGAAGUUUGCACAUACCAAUUAAAUACAGUGACGUAUGGGAUGGCAUCUGCCCCUUAUCUUGCUGUGCAGAGCUUCAACUACAUUGCUGAUACAUAUGAAGCUAGUUAUCCUAUUGGUGCUAGUGUAGUCAAAACGUCAUUCUAUGUUGACGAUCUACUUUGUGGUGCCGAUACUCUGGCCGAAAUAUCUCGUAUCAAACACGAAGUCACGGAAGUGCUGAGACGUGGCUGUUUCACUUUGGCCAAGUGA